ACUCUCUCUUCUCAGAAAUAUUGCUGCCGGAAUAUUGGCCUUUCGACUGCGGCGCCGUCUCCGACUUGACCUUCCUUUCUCCGGCGAGUAAAUUCAAGUACUAACAGGGUUGAUUAAAGAUGGUUGAAGAGGAGGUAGUAGUAGGACAGGAAAUAGAUGGGGGUGGUGAAAACCAAAGAAAGAGAAGAAUGGGACAAAAGAAAGGUGGAAAGACAAAGAAGAAACUUAAAGUGAUUCCUGUUGGACCGGAAAACAAAGUGAAAAUUGAUAGGAAGAUGAAGAAGCUAAUUCGUAAGAGGGUUAGGGAUUACAACUCUGAUGAUGAUGUUGAGGAGAAGGAAAUUGAUGUGAAUCUUCAGGAAGAUGUUGAAGAUGAUGAUGAAGAGAAUUCAUCAGAUGAAGAAGAUGUGGAGGCUAAGACUGGAAAAGAAGAUGAUGCAUCUGAUGAUGAAGAUGGGGAAGUUCAACCAGGCAUUACUAAACUCACUGAGGGUUGUAAUGCAUUCAGAUUGGCCUUCAAGAAGAUCAUGAAGAAGAGUGUUUCUGACAAUUUACUGGGUCCUGUUUUAUCAGCACACAAGAAGCUCUUGGCUGAGAAGCUUGCUGAAGAUGAUGUUGAGCUAAAGGCCAAAGGAGCUCUAAAGAAAGAGAAACAUCUGGUAGGUGAGAGGGGUCAUGUGAAGCCUGCUAAUUUCUUAGAUGCCCAUGAUAAGUUUCUCAUUGGAGUUGCCACAAAAGGAGUGGUCAAGUUAUUCAAUGCUGUCAACAAAGCUCAACAUGCUCAGAAAGGUCUGGAUCCAUCAAGGUCUAAAGAUGCUAAAGUAAUAAGAAAAAGGAGGAAAGAAGCAUUCUUUUCAGAGCUGGGAAAGAAAUCAUCUCAAACAAAGACUCAAUCGGAAGGGGAAGGACCUGCAUGGGCUCCAUUGCGAGAUAACUACAUGUUGACAAAUUCAAAGCUAAAGAACUGGAACAAGAUGCCGGAUCCAAAUGUUACUGAAGAUAUUGGAAGAAUGGGAUCGGAUGAAGGUUCAUCCGAUGAAGAUUAGUGAAGAAAAGUGUGUUUGUUUGUUUUUGUUCUUGUUAGGUCACAUUCGAACUUCAAAUGUAGCAAAUUCGAUGAGUUUUUUUUUUGGGUAUCAAAUAUCAAUCAAUUAUGCAAUCACAUACAGAUUC